AUGAAACAGAAAUACGAUAACAAUGACGGUGGUCUAAGUCGCAAUGACUUGCCGCCAACUGACGCAGAAGCAACGGCUACUGGUGGACGUUAUGUUCCUGCCCCACAAUCCGUACCAUCAACACAUCUCCCGCAGCGAAAUCCACCUGCCCAUCAACCUGCAGAUUCUGAAAAACCGGCUCAACCAUCAUCUGCAGCACCACCACCGACCAAAACACGGCCACAAGCUGUUUAUCGCAAACCUUCGGCAGGUCGUUUAUCUACUGGUAAGGGCUUCUUUUUAGAAAUGGCAAGGUAUGUCGACAUUGUUGGGAUAAAUUGCAUGUAA